AUGAGAAAAGCAGAGAUGAAAAGUAUUGGAGUUAUGAUGAUGGUGAUGAUUGUGUUGGGUUUUGCAGAAGCUGAAUUGAAAAGUGAUUCUGAUGGAGCUUUAUGCAGAGUCAAGUGUGCAUUGAAAUGUGCACCUCAACAGCCAUAUCCUCCAAUUUAUUCAAAAUGCAUUGCUGAUUGUCAAUCACAUUGUAAUUCCUUGUCCUCUGCUUCUGAUGCUGUCAACCUUUGUAUUACAGGUUGUGACUUCAUCAAAUCCGUUGCCAUUAGCAUUGGUGCUCCUGAUCUUGCAACCAACUGGAUGAAUCAUUGCCUGCAAGAGUGUAAAAAAAUCAAUAAUUUAUUGCAAAUAUUUUCCAAGAAAUAA